AUGGCACCAUAUGGAUUACUACGCUAUGUAAGACAAUCGGCCUACUGCAACCUUUUUCUUCUUGAAACGAUAAGAAUCUUGUGCACUCAAACGGGACAUACUACAGUAACUUAUACGCGGAAUUACUCAAUAACAGAAAACACUCCUACUCCGCUGGUGCUGGGUAACUUAGUUUUAGAUUUGGAGCUAAAAGACUGGAUGCUACAACAGACACAAAUGAAUACAACUUUAAAGGUGUCGACUUCUGCUACACCGCUGAGUAUUGAGAUCAUAUCUCAAGCGGUAACAUUGCUUUCCUCAAAUGAAUUGCUUGCAGUUCCGGACCCUAGACUGCAACUUGUACCUGCAAACCAAUGGGGAAGCAGAUAUUUUGAGGUGCGAUAUCGUUCUCCCCUGCUUCAGGAACUAGUACAUUUUCAACCCAUAGACCGUGAUAAACAUUGCCGUAUUCGAGACUCCGAUUCAUCCCACAACGAAGGAUGCAUCUGUGAAAUUAGUAGUUGCUUUUCUGAUCAACCACCUGCAUGUGUAUUGCUACUAUCGUUAGUUAUGUAUCCCGUGCACAUAAGGACCAACUUUUACACUAUAAGGAUUAAUGUGUUAGACGAAAAUGACAACAGUCCAUACUUUGAUGUACAUGCUGAUGAAUAUACAUUACGUUUGAGGGAAAACGAUGCAACGGAAUUUAUUCAAACUUUGCCCAGUGCGACGGAUCCUGAUUUAUGUGAUAACGGGCGUGUAGAUUAUACCAUACAAUGGAUCACUCGAAACGCUGAAUCCUUUUUCCUUUUCAAGCAAUACACUGAUAUCAACAUGUACAAUCAUACAGUGCCGCAACUAAUCAUCACCAAACCGCUGGACCGUGAAGUGCAAAACCACUACUAUGGAUUGCUGAUUGCCUCCGACAACGGGCCAAAAGAAAGCAAGCACACAACGACAUUGACUUUACAUAUAGUUGUAGAUGAUAUAAAUGAUUGCCGUCCGGAUUUUAUACUAAGAAUGAGUAACAUAAAGGAAGAUGUCACUUGUGCACCCCUCACAUCCCAUGAGUGGAGACCAAUGCUUUCACUGCAAAUUGCAGAGGAUAUUCGAGCUGGGAGUUUGCUAACCCGAAUUGUAGCGGUAGAUGCAGAUGAAGGGGAAAACGCUAAAAUAACAUACGCAUUUAGUGACAGAAUUCACCCGCAAACAAGAAGAACCUUUACUCUGGAUAAAAUAACUGGAGAUUUGAGUACGCGUUUGUGGCUGGACAGAGAAAACACACCUCUCCAUGACGGAACACAUAGAAUUCUUAUUGUGGCCAGAGAUCAUGGUCAGCCGUCUCACAGUUCAACCCUUAUUGUUCACAUUCAAAUACUGGAUGUGAAUGACAACGUCCCGGUAAUCAGACUGGCUGGAGAGCAGUAUCGUUUGCUGGAUUUACAAGCCAUAGCUCACAACAUGACAGAGCAGAGCAAACGUCUGUGGGAAUUGGUGAAAACGGAAAGGUUGGACGAAGUAAACGAUCAUAACCAGGGUGUGAUAAAAUUAUCGGGCAGGCAUGACUCAGAGAAAAUACUUGCCACUCUCUUGGUUGUUGAUCCAGAUUUGCAGGAGAACAGUACAGUUACAUGUCAGUUCGAUGAACAAUUCAUCAUCUUUCGAUCAUCUUUAGAGAAAAAUUUCAAACUGAUCAAGAAAUAUUCGCAGAACAAACUGCUCAAAUUGCAACCUCUAUUAAUAUAUAGUGAUGAAGAAACACGCAGACGGAAUGGAAGUCUGAGAAUCCCGGAAAACAGUGCAGCAAAUUUGACCACUCCUGAGGACAAAAACUGGAAAGCAACCAAAGAGAAGUCCUAUAUUAUUAAAACGACAACGAAUCUUCUGCGACCAGAAUUGAUCUCCGACGUGUUUAUCCGUAUCUUGUGCCAUGAUGGAGGCUUAACAAUCCGGCGAUCAAGCGAGAGAACUCUUCGAUUUCAAUUCUCGGCUACUAACCUCUCUGCAAUUCGCUUCACGUACAUUACGUCUUUGAGCCCGGAGGUCACGUUUCAGUGUACAAAACAUUUCAGUUUGCCAAGUAGCAAUGAACAGCUUACGGAAAAGAACGCCGGUUUGCUUAUCCCCUUCUCGCAUGACGGCUCUAUCUCAGAAAUAUGCUUAACCCUAUCGUCAAACAUUUCUGCAGGUAGCCGAUUGUUCCAAGUGGUUACGGCAAUGCCAGCACAAUUCCGGCUUCAUCACGUGGACAAGAACAUGGAGAACGGAACAAAAUUUCAUAUCGAAUCUAACUCAGGGGUGGUAACGGUGUCGCGACAAGAAAACAUUCCGGUUGUUUUCCCUGUACUUUUGAGAGUACAAGUCCAUUCAGCGGGAUCUGUGGACGCAUCUGAGGAAUUGCGACAUGAAUACACAGAGAUUCUUAUUAGAAUUGAAAUAAUUAAUCCGAAUAUGCAACGUGAUAUGUGUACUGCGUUGGGGAUCGCCAAUUCCGAAAACAAGGUUAAACAGAUUCCUUUCAGAAACAAUUUCGUAUACAAAGUUUCGGAGUCAGCACCAGUGGGAACCAAUGUUUUCGGUGCCGCUGCAUUGGUUUGCUUUGAUAAAAGCACAGGCACCAUUUUCCACGACUGUCUGCUGCAGUUAUUUGAGAGGAGGCCUAGCGUCACAAACUACCCGAAAACGAUUGUCCUGUACAAAGAAACAACAAAACAGAUCAAUCUAUUUCAGGUUAUCCUGAACCUGACGCUGGACAGGGAAACAGAAUCUAAGUAUAACUUAUUACUAGUGGUUAUCUCACCUCAAGAUGAACGUUGUCAACAUAACGAAUGGCAUUUCACAACAUUGGUAUCUGAUAUAAACGACAACGCACCAGUACUGGAAAAACCGUUUGUGCCUAUAGUCACAGUGACUAAGUACCGAAGCUUAUUAACUUCGGUUCUUCCAUAUAAUGAGACGUCCAAUGUAUACUUCGCAAAUGUUUCCGUUGCAUCAUCUGCAAUGGAGAAUUCUCCUGUGCUUUUUGUAGCUGCCUUUGAUUUAGAUGCCGAUCAGAAUUCUGAACUUACCUUUACAAUGGAAGAGCAGUUUGCGGUACGAAAAGAACGGUUGAUAUUAAUGAAAAAGCCUACGUUCUUCAGCUUGAGUGAAACGACCGGUUUACUCUACGUUUCAAGGAGCUUGGACACCAAGCACAAGGGAAGGUACAUAUUGAAACUGAAGGUCAGUGAUCGGGGUAUACCACAACCAUUGUGGAGUAUAGCGUUUGUGCUGCUAGAUGUAGUUAACACUGCUCGCGAUCACGAACUGGUCAACGACAUACCAGAAUUAGACGUAAAUGAAUCCUUGGAGAAUAGUUUACAAACUCGGAGAUCUCCACAUGACAAGAUGGAUGAACACAAUCAACAUAUCCCCAACGAACCUACAGGCUAUACCGGAUAUCAACAUAUGCAAAACACACUCCUACUAAGUAUGGCAGCUUUCUUAGUUCUUGUUUGUUUUGCAACGAGUAUUUGGGUUUAUCGAUUGAAAUGCUUGGGCCCCAAUGAAUGUUGUAUACGGAAAACCAUAACAAGGGAAACCCACUUUCCAACAGCACCCACAGAUCAGAUGAUUCCUGCAGAAGCACGAGAACUUAACGUUUUAACGGAGUACUACAUCCUCCAGGAACAACAGUCACCUGGGACGGCCAAAUAUUUUGAUUUCUCCACAUUUGUCAGUUCAAACCCUCUGCAUUCCCAACUCAUCUACAAUUACCAAUGCACUACUUCAGAGGACAUCAAUAACUCCCAUCCCACUGCGUCA